AUGGCUGAGUCAACAAGAAAGAAGCAGGAUAUUUAUCUUCUAGGCCAGCCUCUAAGAACUGCCAUUCUGGAGAAAAUGACAGCUGUUAUAAGAGAGGUACUUCCAAUAUGGCAACGGGCCAGAAUUCUUACAACUCAAGAAUACAACGCCAUUAAGAAGCUGGAUAAUAUGUUUAAACUGUGGCAAGGAUUAAAGAAACAUUCUAAGAGAAACUCAAAUGCUCAAAGACGUCAAGAACAAGCAUUCGUUCAUUCACGAAAAGAUCUGUUUGAUAUAGCACAUGCUAAUGCUAUUGAACUGAUUCAGAUACAAGAAGAAAGAGAAUUUUUGCUGGCACAAAGGGAACCGGGACGGCGUGGUUAUAUGAGUGGUGUAGAUAAGAAUCUGGCGCUGAAAGAGGCACGCUCGUAUGAAAGGAAAAGAAGACAGGAGAACUACAAAUUAUACAUGAACAGCAAAGUUGAACAACACGAAGAAGGUAUCGUUAGCUUUUGCCUAACGCAACUUGAACAAUUUCAGCCAAGGUGCGAUUACAGGGAACUACUGGAGCUUUCACUUAUUUUGCUGGGAGAGACACCACCAAGGGGAGUCAGAGUUCUGCAACCUGGAGCUCUGCAUAGGGCACGCUGGAUGGCGAGACUAAUAUACUCCUUCAUAUUGUACAUGUAUCGUCAUCAGUUUCGGCUGACAAGAGUUGAAGAAAAGGGAAUCUGUCGCUUUAUCGUUUUUGGCAUCUGUGUGUAUCUUAGAUCGUGGUUCACGGCUCCAGAUCUUCUUAGUGCCGCUAGACAUGAUCUCCAGCUGGUAAAGAGAAUCCAACAAUUCAGAGAUGUAGACCGUAAAGUUUUUGUUGCCGCUGCAAACGCACUUUCUAGACAUCUAUGGUAUGUUAGCGAGGAACUUGUUGGAGCUGCGUUUUUCGAUGAUCAGAUUUCUCAUGAGAAGAAAGUGUUGAUGGUUGAUGCUCUGUCAGUGGAAUCAAAAACAACAAACGACUUCACCAAAAGAUUGCAGAUGACUAUUAAUGACAUAUUUGAUGAAAUGUCUGUCAAAGACUUUGUGUCUUCGAACACCAUGCAAUUCUUUGCAAUCCUCGGACUGCCUCACUCAUUUCUAAACAAGAGACCCUCCGAGUGGAGAGAAGAUGAACAGUACAAGAAAGCUUUUGAAGUUGUAAGCGGUAUAAAGCCAGUCAAUGAUUUUGCAGAGAGAGGAGUUGCUUUGAUGCAGGAUUUUAACAGAGCAAUAGUAUCGUCUGAAGAACAAAAGCAGUAUCUUCUGCAAGUUGUUGAGUACCAUCGUACCCAGUAUCCAAACCCAAAGAAAGAGACAUUAGUGGGAGGAAAUACAUUUCCUUAA